AGUCAGUCCUUCGGUUGAGCGAAAUGGGUGAAGUUGAGUGGCAGCCUGAACCGCAACUCGGUAAUGAUGAUGAUGAUGUUGAUGAGAAGGGGUCGGGCAAGCAGAUUAAGUCCAAAAAAAACGACAAGAAGAGGAACAAUAAGUGGCUGUCCGUCAGGCGCUGUGCCCGUAUACCGCUGAAGAUGGUUUUUGCCAUAGUCACUGUCUAUGUCUGCAUCCUCUCCUCGGAGCGGUACUUCUACUACUGGGUUCAAACCACCAUCGAACGCACCGACGUCCAUGUAUCGGAGAUCAAUUUUCCCGCAGUGACCAUCAUCCCCAUGUCUGUCACCAAUCUCAAUGCGUCAAAUGAGGCGCAGCGCCACACCAGAGUCUUCAAUAUGGCCCGGGCCGUUCUCUGGCAAACCCCAGAUGCAGUCCAACUCGAUAAACAUAGCUUCGAAGAGUUUCCCGAAUACGCAGAUGUAGAUCCCACAGCUUUGGACAUGGACACAGUGUAUGAUUCCUUCCAGGACGCUUGCAAGUAUUUCUUCGCGGAGUGCUCGUGGCGCCGCAAGCCCAUGAACUGCUGCAGCCUCUUUCGGUCAGUCUCCACCUUUAAAGGGUUUGCGUACGUCUUCAACUCAGUGCGAUGCGAAUUCCCGGACGAAACUUGGCCGUGGUCUGCGUCUGCCUCGGGAUCCCUCAGCGGCCUUAAUGUGAAGAUACAUCGUAAUCAAAAUUUCUUUAAUAUAAAUAUGCUGGGGGUGAUUGUGCAUGAACCCACUCAGCAGCUGGGCCACAGUAUUGCCUAUUCCACUGAGGAUCGUAUUGUCAUUCCCGUAGAGCCACUGCGCUUCACAGCCGAGGCAGACGUCAAGGCCCGGCCAGUCCAAAUGCGCCGCUGUCUGUUCGAGAGUGAGAUUGUACGUCUGGGCCAGUCGCGAUCCGAGUGUAUUUACAAGUGCCAUGUGCAGUACAUCUUGAAAAAAUGCAACUGCACCGUGAAUCUGCCCCGUCCGGUGACUACAAGGAUGGAAAAUAUCACAGAAUCAAGCUACUAUAAUGGAACAAAACUUUGUGGGGUGAAGCACUUGCCCUGCUUCAAUGACAACAGACUUUCGCUGUUCUCCAUGAGCAACAUCAUCGAGGAGUCCAGAGAUAACAUCUUUACCACCGUCGACUGCGGCUGCUUCCCGCAGUGCGAUCAUACACAGUACCACUCCUCCACCUAUACCGAACGAUUGAGCAGCGUGGAGAACAACAAUUCGGUAAUCGAGAUAGACGUAUACUUUCAGGAGGAGACCCUCUUCUCGUAUCGCUCCAUGCUGCGCUUCACCCUCAUCGAUCUGAUGGGUGAGUCUCACUCUCGCUUCGACGGGAUCUCAAGUCUUACCCGCUCUACUCCAUUCAUCCACAGUUUCCUAUGGUGGCAUAGCAGGUCUGAUUAUGGGAAUCUCGGUCUUGGGCUGGGUUAAUGCCAUCCUGGACCACUUCGCCUGUUGUCGGCUGCCCAGCGACGAAUAGCACUGCCCCUCCGCUCCCUUAUUCAAUCUGACACAGCCACAGCUGCUUUCUCACGUUUCUUUACCUGUAAUCGGAACAGCGAUUCAAUGUUCAGACGAACAUAAAUAAAUUCAGAAGAAAAAACGCAUUAGGGGAAUUGUUUAGAGUUUAACUACCUGACGAGGCAGUGGAAAACUACCUUGCCAGCUAGGGUAUCGGUUUGUAGAUUGUAUUAGUACAUAUGUAUAUACAUACGCUAUAUACCAGGUAUAUAUGAGUGAGUCAGUGCACAUGUUCUGGGGUUGCAUUUGAGCAAAAUUCAAUUAGUAUACAACAUAAAGAGAAAUUCUUUCACAAUGAUUUUAAGGAAAAAGGUAAGUAUGCAUACAUAUAUGUACGAGAAUAUGUCAAAGUUUAAAGGCGACAGACUAAGCCACACGAGCCCAUCUGUAGGUUAUCAGAUGUCAUAAAAGAAAUCUUUGUUGUCCACUUGAUCGCAUCACAAAAGAGAUCAUUGCUGGCAAAGUUCCUUCUGAAAGAGCAUGAAUAAAUCGAAUCGAGCAGCGUAAUCUCCCUCCCUCUGUCGAGCAUUUCCCGUCCGUUCCAUUCCAGUAUUCAGGUACGGUGCCAAGUCCAUGACGCGCCUGGGGGUAUAAAUAGCAGCUGGUCUGGCCUGAUCAGGCACAGUCUCCGCUUCAUCGCCCAAGCCGCCACCACACACAAUUUU